AUGGGGCUGUUCAUGAGGAACCUGCCAGGCAGGGAACGGCGGGCGACGAAACGACUGGCGUUUUUUAUGAUCGGAGGCAUGUUGUUUUCUAUCGUCAUGUUUGUGUUUCUGAUGGUGUGCCAGCUGCCAUGUGCCAGUGACCAAUCCCCUUAUGACUAUGAGAGGUGGAAGCAUAGCAGGAACUUGCUUGCUCCUUCUAAGAACGCCAGAUAUACUUUAGUUAUUUUGAUCAUAUCCAGUCCUGGAAAUAUCCAUGAACGGAAUGCUAUCCGGGAGACCUGGCUGACGUGGUUGGAUGAUAGUGUGAUUAUGUUCCGAUUUGUUGUAGGCACUUCAGCGUUAAACAAAGUUCAAAGUUCACAGCUGGUGCAGGAAGAUUCCGCACACAAAGACAUGCUGUUACUAAACAGUAUCAUUGAUUCUUAUGAAGAAUUGACAAAUAAAAUUUUACAAGCAUUUAUUUGGUUGGACAAACAUGUCAACUAUCAGUAUGUCUUGAAAGUUGAUGACGACAGCUUUGUGGUUGUGCCAGGUAUUUUGUCUGAACUUCGAUACAAGCCAAAAGAAAGACUUUACUGGGGUUUUUUUGAUGGCCGUGCCAAUGUUAAAACUUCGGGAAAGUGGAAGGAAUCAAAGUGGAACUUGUGCGAUAAAUAUUUACCGUAUGCUCGUGGCGGUGGCUAUGUUUUGUCGUUUGAUUUAGUAAAUUUUAUAGCGUGGAACUCGGAUCUGUUACAGUUGUACCUUAGCGAGGAUGUGUCCGUAGGAACGUGGUUGGCCCCACUGAAAGUUCAUCGUCACCACGACCAGAACUUUGACACAGAGUAUAUGUCUAGAGGAUGUUUGAACUCUUACCUCAUUAUGCACAAACAGUCGGUGAGUAGUUUCAGAGAACUACAUAAUAAUAUAGAAACUGCUGGUGUGCUGUGUAAGACUGAGGUGGUCUUGCGAGGAUCGUACGAGUACAACUGGAGUUACCCCCCUUCUCAGUGUUGUAAUAGGUCACCGAUUGAACAAAGAAGUCCUGAUAAGUCUGUGUCUAAAACGUAA